AAGACCGACAGCGCCACCUGGUGGGACAUCGCCCCGAGGUAAUGCGGAGUCUUCACAGUACGGGAUUUCUCCUUGCAUUGAUCCAGGGAGGUGCAACCUUGUAACGCUCAUGCUUGAUGAUCGAACAUUUGACUCUAAUCGUUAAAUUUUCAAGUCUCGUUUUGAGGGCUGCGCUUGAACCAAAUUGAUCUUUCCGUUGAGCGUUCCCGACAGCGCCCAGGCUGUCCAGCGCAUUUAGAACUUGUAUCACCUGCGUUGCUGCGGUCUUCCAUUCGUUGUUGAGACUGCAGGCAUUUGCCGACACUCCCUAACAAUUUGCCCAGAGUCAUCAAUUAUGCAGGGCAGCCGCGCGCACGCCGAGCCAAGAUAGCAGCUGCGGCUUGAGCAUCGGCAGCAGCAAUAUGGCGACAACCGCAGUUGCUCCGCACUCUUUUCUACACCUGCAUUCCUACGAACGCCGUGCGGAUUCUUGUUGAGGCGCGGGAAAAGCUGGAUGUCUGCUAUGGAAAACAAAUAAAGAAGAACUAGCUGCAGGAUGAAAACAUGGCCGCACCCAUUCUUGCACCCCCAGGACCUGACAGCUUCAAGAAGUUUACCCCGGAGUCGCUCGCUAACAUCGAGAAGCGCAUCAAUGAAGAGAAGAACAAGAAACCAGCCAAGCCCCGGUCGGACAGCAGUCAUCGCGACACGUCAGACGACAAUGAGCCCAAGCCCAACCGGGACUUGGAGGCUGGCAAGAGCCUGCCCCUCAUCUAUGGCGAUACUCCAAAUGGCUUGGUGGCCACACCGCUAGAGGAUUUGGACCCCUACUAUGUCAACCAGAAAACAUUCAUAGUGCUAAACAAGGGGAAAACAAUCUUCCGCUUUAGUGCCACGCCCUCCCUGUACAUCAUCAGCCCUUUUAAUAUUUUCAGGCGAAUAGCAAUUAAGAUUUUGAUACAUUCGUUAUUCAGCAUGAUCAUCAUGUGCACCAUUUUGACCAACUGUAUAUUCAUGACAUUUAGCGACCCUCCAGAGUGGUCCAAACAAGUGGAGUACACCUUCACUGGUAUCUAUACAUUUGAGUCACUCACAAAAAUUGUGGCCAGAGGUUUCGCAAUCGAUGGAUUCACUUUUCUGAGAGAUCCAUGGAACUGGCUGGAUUUCAUGGUCAUUUCUAUGGCAUAUAUAACAGAGUUUGUGGACCUUGGGAAUGUGUCGGCCCUCAGAACGUUCAGGGUUCUCCGAGCAUUGAAAACUAUUUCUGUCAUUCCAGGCCUGAAGACUAUCGUGGGCGCCCUGAUCCAGUCUGUGAAGAAGCUCUCCGACGUGAUGAUCCUGACCGUCUUCUGCCUCAGCGUCUUUGCUCUGAUCGGAUUGCAGCUCUUCAUGGGGAACCUGCGGCAAAAGUGUGUCUUUUGGCCGGUCAAUACCACCAACAUGUACCUGUCCAACGGCUCCAAGGGCUUUGACUGGGAUGAAUACAUCAUGAAUGAGACUAACUUCUACUUUUACCCCGGUCAGGCUGAUGCACUGUUAUGUGGAAAUAGUUCGGACUCGGGACAAUGUCCUGAAGGGUUUACAUGCAUGAAAGCCGGAAGGAACCCCAACUAUGGUUACACCAGCUUUGACAGCUUCGGAUGGGCUUUCCUCACCCUCUUUCGACUAAUGACCCAAGACUUCUGGGAAAAUCUCUACAUGCUGACUCUGCGAGCGGCAGGCAAGACCUACAUGAUCUUCUUUGUGCUGGUCAUCUUUGUGGGUUCCUUCUAUCUUGUCAACCUCAUCUUGGCUGUGGUGGCCAUGGCCUACGAGGAGCAGAACCAGGCCACCAUCGAAGAGGCUGAGCAAAAAGAGGCUGAAUUUAAAGCCAUGCUGGAGCAGCUCAGAAAGCAGCAGGAAGAAACGCAGGCUGCCGCCAUGGUGACGUCGGCAGGCACUGUAUCGGAGGUUGCGUUGGAGGAUGAGGGAGGGGGUCAUCUGUCCCGCAGCUCCUCGGAGGUCUCUAAGCUGAGCUCCAAGAGUGCCAAGGAGCGUCGUAAUCGCAAGAAGAAAUGGCGGCAGAAAGAGCAGGAGAAAGAGAAGGGUGACAGCGAGAAGGUGGUCAAGUCUGAGUCCGAUGACGGCAGCAAGAGAAGUACCCUUCGUUUUCCGGGAAGCCGUCUGGGCAGGAAGACCUCCAUCAUGAACCAGUCACUCCUGAGCAUCCCGGGCUCGCCCUUCAUGUCACGCCACAACAGCCGCAGCAGCAUCUUCAGCUUCAAAGGCCGCUCCAAGGACAUGGGCUCGGAGAACGAGUUUGCCGACGACGAGCACAGUACGGUGGAGGAGAGCGAGGACCGCCGGGGUUCCCUGUUCAUCCCUUUCCGCCGGAACAGCUACAGCGGCUACAGCCAAGGCUCGUCACGCAUCCACCCGCUGGCGCCUCACUCAGGAGGGAAGAGGAACAGCACCGUGGACUGCAAUGGCGUGGUGUCGCUCAUCGGCCCGGGGCCUGGCAGACGGCUUCUGCCUGAGGUGAAAAUAGAUAAGGCAGCCACUGAUGACAGUACCACAGAUGUGGAAAUUAAGAAGAAGCACUCUGGCUCUCUCAUGGUAUCAGUGGAUCAGCUCAACUCCUCCUUCAAAGGAAAAGACCGCGCCAACAGUCAGAUGAGCGUAGUCACCAACACUCUCUUAGAUGAAUUGGAGGAAUCUCAGAGGAAGUGCCCCCCCUGUUGGUACAAAUUCGCCAACACCUUUCUAAUCUGGGAGUGCCAUCCCAAGUGGCUGAAGCUCAAGCAUAUCGUCUACUUGAUUGUCAUGGACCCCUUUGUUGACUUGGCCAUCACCAUCUGCAUUGUCCUCAACACCCUUUUCAUGGCCAUGGAGCACUACCCAAUGACGGAGCAAUUUGAGCACGUCCUCUCUGUAGGCAAUCUGGUUUUCACAGGGAUCUUUGCUGGGGAGAUGUUUGCCAAACUGGUAGCCAUGGAUCCCUAUUACUACUUUCAGGAAGGAUGGAAUUGUUUUGAUGGUUUCAUAGUGACACUGAGUUUAGUGGAGCUGGGACUCCAAGAUGUGGAGGGUCUGUCAGUGCUCAGGUCCUUCCGAUUGUUGAGAGUGUUCAAACUAGCCAAAUCAUGGCCCACACUCAACAUGUUGAUCAAGAUUAUUGGUAAUUCAGUGGGGGCGCUGGGUAAUCUGACCCUGGUGCUGGCCAUCAUUGUCUUCAUCUUUGCUGUGGUGGGCAUGCAACUGUUUGGCAAAAGCUACAAGGACUGUGUGUGCAAGAUCGCCAGUGACUGUAAACUGCCUCGCUGGCACAUGCAUGACUUCUUCCACUCCUUCCUGAUUGUAUUCAGAGUGUUGUGUGGGGAGUGGAUUGAGACCAUGUGGGAUUGUAUGGAGGUGGCAGGACAGACAAUGUGCCUCACUGUCUUCAUGAUGGUCAUGGUCAUCGGGAACUUGGUGGUUUUAAAUUUAUUCUUAGCUUUGUUGCUGAGCUCUUUCAGCGCUGACAACCUCGCCGCCACAGAUGACGAUGGCGAGCCAAACAAUCUCCAGCUCGCUGUUGCUCGCAUUAAGAUCGGCAUUGCCUGGUUCAAGGUGCACAUGCGUCUCUUUGUCGCCACGGUGCUCAGGAAGCCUGUUGAGGAUGAACAAAAACCUCUGGAUGAAAUGUACGAGAAAAAGCUCAACUGCAUUGCCAACCACUCAGUGGACAUCAACCGUGAACUGGACUAUGCUAAAAACGGCAACGGUACCACCAGCGGCAUUGGGAGCAGCGUUGGAAAGUACAUGAUUGAUGAAGACUACAUGUCCUUCAUCCACAACCCAAACCUGACUGUCUGCGUUCCAAUUGCCGUUGGAGAGUCGGACUUUGAAAACCUUAACACCGAGGACUUCAGCAGUGAAUCGGAGGCGGAGAACAGCAAGGAUCUGGAUGAUACCAGUUCAUCUGAGGGCAGCACAAUAGACAUUAAGCCUGACGUGGAGGAGGUGGCAGUGGUGGAGGUUGUGGAGGAGUACCUUGACCCAGAGGCCUGCUGGACAGAUGAAUGUGUGGCCAAAUACAAAUGCUGUGAUGUUCCCAUCACUCAUGGCUGGGGGAAGCACUGGUGGUUCCUGAGGAAGACCUGCUACCUGAUAGUGGAACACAACUGGUUCGAAACACUCAUCAUCUUCAUGAUCUUACUUAGCAGUGGAGCCCUGGCCUUUGAGGACGUCUACAUUGAGCAAAGGAAGACCAUCCGUAUUAUUCUGGAGUACGCCGAUCGGGUUUUCACCUACAUUUUCAUUCUGGAGAUGUUGCUCAAAUGGGUGGCUUAUGGUUUUGUCAAGUACUUCACUAACGCCUGGUGCUGGUUGGACUUCUUUAUUGUGGAUGUGUCUAUAGUCAGCCUUAUAGCUAAUGCCUUGGGCUUCUCCGAUCUCGGCCCGAUUAAGUCACUCAGGACACUGAGGGCCUUGCGACCCCUCAGGGCCCUGUCACGUUUUGAAGGGAUGAGGGUUGUGGUGAACGCCUUGGUCGGGGCCAUUCCUUCCAUUAUGAACGUGCUGCUGGUGUGUCUCAUCUUCUGGCUCAUCUUCAGCAUCAUGGGUGUGAACCUGUUUGCUGGGAAGUACUACUACUGCUUCAAUGACACAGAAGAGUACACGUUCCGUCCCGACGAGGUUAACAACCGAUCGGAGUGUUUUGCUCUCAUCAAUGAUAACCAAACGGGAAUCAGGUGGAGAAAUGUCAAGAUCAACUUUGAUAAUGUGGGGGCAGGCUACCUGGCGCUCCUGCAAGUGGCAACAUUUAAAGGUUGGAUGGACAUUAUGUAUGCGGCAAUUGAUUCUCGAAAGGUGGGGGAUCAGCCGGUGUAUGAAGACAACUUAUACAUGUACAUCUACUUUGUCAUCUUCAUUAUCUUUGGUUCAUUCUUCACCCUAAACCUCUUCAUUGGUGUCAUCAUUGAUAACUUCAACCAGCAAAAGAAAAAGUUUGGAGGUCAGGAUAUAUUCAUGACGGAAGAACAGAAGAAAUACUACAAUGCGAUGAAGAAACUUGGCUCAAAGAAACCGCAAAAGCCUAUACCCAGACCACAGAACAAAAUCCAGGGCAUGGUGUUUGACUUUGUGACCCAGCAAGUGUUUGACAUCUCCAUCAUGAUCCUCAUCUGCCUCAACAUGGUCACCAUGAUGGUGGAGACAGACGACCAGUCAAAAGAGACAGAGGACGUGCUCUACUGGGUCAACUUCAUCUUCAUCAUUGUCUUCACCGGCGAGUUUUUACUAAAGCUCUUUGCGCUGCGUCACUACUACUUCACCAACGGCUGGAACAUCUUUGACGUGGUGGUGGUCAUCCUCUCCAUCGUGGGAAUGUUCCUCGCCGACUUGAUCGAGAAGUACUUUGUGUCGCCGACGCUGUUCAGGGUGAUUCGACUGGCUCGUAUCGGUCGAAUCCUGCGCCUCAUCAAGGGCGCCAAAGGCAUCAGAACUCUACUCUUCGCCCUGAUGAUGUCACUCCCGGCCUUGUUCAACAUCGGCCUGCUGCUUUUCCUGGUCAUGUUCAUUUUCUCCAUCUUCGGCAUGUCCAACUUUGGCUACGUAAAACACGGGGCCGGAAUCGACGACAUGUACAACUUCGAGACCUUUGGCAACAGCAUGAUCAUCUUGUUUAUGAUCACCACGUCAGCUGGCUGGGACGGCCUGCUGCUGCCCAUUCUGAACUACCCUCCGGACUGCGAUCCCUUGCUGGAGAAUUCCGGCACUCCUUCCACCGGAGACUGCGGCAACCCAUCUGUGGGCAUCUUCUUCUUUGUUAUGUACAUCAUCAUUUCUUUCCUAAUUGUGGUCAACAUGUACAUCGCCAUCAUUCUGGAGAACUUCAGCGUGGCCACGGAGGAGAGCGCUGACCCGCUCAGCGAGGAUGACUUUGAGACCUUCUAUGAGAUAUGGGAGAAGUUUGACCCCACCGCCUCCCAGUUCAUCACCUACGCCAAGCUUUCCGACUUUGCGGACGCACUUGAACACCCGCUGCGAGUCCCCAAGCCCAACACCAUUGAACUCAUCGCUAUGGACAUGCCGAUGGUGAGCGGGGACCGCAUACACUGCCUGGACAUCCUGUUUGCCUUCACCAAACGCGUGCUGGGCGACAGCGGUGAGUUGGACAUGUUGAGGCAGCAAAUGGAGGAGCGAUUUGUGGCGGCCAAUCCCUCCAAGGUCUCUUAUGAGCCCAUCACCACCACUCUGAGGCGUAAGCAGGAGGACGUGUCUGUCCGAAUCAUCCAACGGGCCUACCGCGUCUACUUGGCGAGGCGAGGUUUCGUUUGCAAGCGGCUCCCGACCAACAACAGAGUGGAGAACGGCGGGAACAAUCAGGAACAAGAGAAGGAGGCCACGCCCUCCACCGCCUCCCUGCCCUCGUACGAUAGCGUCACCAAACCCGACAAGGAGAAGGAGGACGACAACGAGGGCAAGGGAGGGAGGAACGAGAGAGGAAGAAACCAAAAAGACGUCAGGGAAUCCAAAUGUUAAGGCGAUGGGAUAAUAAUAAUCACGCUAUUAACACCACAAAUUAUAACAACACCAGGAAACUCACACCCGCACGGAUGUACAGAUUAUUUCAUUUGCAAGUCAGAAAAGAUUCAGUGUUUUUCGUUCCAGCCUUCAGAGGGAAGCGCUCACACUGUCGACGACGGCUCGAAGGCUCUCGAACUCCUCUCAUAAUCAGCUGGGACAUCAUUGUAUCUCGAUGAGUCACGUCCACGGGGGAGACAAGGAGCUUCAAACGGAGGAUUUCACGGAUUCCAAAAGAAGACGACGGCCUUUCGGGAAAGAUAAGGAAACUCUUGCCAGAGUUGCACUGCGCAAGGACUGAAACGUCUCGGAGAGCAAAAUGAGAGAAAGACAAAUAAUAGAGCGCAUCGGGAGUAUUUUGGUGUUAUUCAAGCUAGAAAUUGUUGAUGUGAGCAGCAAAAAUGCAAACCAAUAUAAAAGGAACACUAUUUAGCAUUUUGCCCAUGCCACUUAACUCCCAUUAUUUAUAUAGCCACGUCCGAAUGUUGUUGUUUUUUCUUCUUCUUCUUCUUCUUCUUCUUCUGUUGGAACAUGGGCUUUCACACCAAUUUGUUUAGGGUUUGUUUAUUACGGGGGUGAACUCAGGCCAAGGGCUUCCGUACAUUUACUCCGAACGGUUUCCAAAACAAAAACAUAGGUAAUUGUGCUUGUUCAAUGCAUAGAAAUGAUUUGCAUGAUGGCAUGUUUUUGACCAGAACUCUUGCAUGAACUUUUCAUAGUCCACAAGACACUAACACUGCGGUGGCGCGAUAACGAGGGUCGAUCAUCCCCCAAACGGAAACCUUGUCCCUCACUCCAGACAUUACAAUUGUUGCCUCUAUAAAUAGAAGAAUGGAAAAUGCUGGUAUAUUAAAACACACACACACACACUAGUGGAUUGCAGUUGUAAUGUGAAUAUGGAUCUGCUGCUCUCAAAGAUGUAGAAAGAAAAAUGAAGGACGUAAUGUCAGAAAAUCAGAAGCUUAUAUUUAACGUUUCUAUGCACCUAUGUAAUGCUCCAUUUGCUUUUAUUGUUUGUAGUGGUCAGUGGGGAUUUUACAAGUAUGGCCUUUUUUUUAAUUUUUUUUUAUUGGUGAUGCAUUUCUUUUCUGAAAGGGCUGAGAGGAGAUCUUGAGCUUAUUCACGUAAGUGUGCGCGUGUGUGCGUUUUUCCCCUUCUUGUUUUUCCCGUUUUAUAAGCCUCGUUUAAGAAAACGUCGAGGGGAACAUGUUUGUCUGAUUUCAGUUGAGUAAUGAGAAAGGUAAGCAUUGGAGUGUGUGAAGAAGCCAAAGAGAUCUGCCUUGUUGUUCUUCAUCGGUGAAAGGGGGUUUGUGACUAAAUGUCUAUUUUCUUUUUGGAUUACGGUAUUUUAUUUCGCUCUCAACAGAGACCCGAGAAUUGUAUGCAAUGCUUGGAUAAAAAAAACAAAAAAAAAAAUCCUCCCGUUUUUCUCAGGAGAUAUUAUACUCGUUGAGCUCUGCUACACAAUGCAAGUGAAUGUGACGGCCGCAUUUAUUAAAUCACAUUUUACGCCUUUGUGUUUAAUGCCAUGAUGUUGAUGACGAUGACGGGAAACGAUCUCAGCCGGCCGCCUUGUUUCAGUGAGAGUCAUGGUCCGUUUUGUUGUAGAACUUCCUGCUUAUGACACGUAGACUUAUAGAAGCAUGAAACAGGCCCAUUGUUUUGCUCUCGCUUGCAAAGGUGUCGCUUAAAUUGGUAGUGGGUUGCAUUUAGAUGGAAAUCAUUCAAUCCAAUUCUUCGUUCAUGUUAGCUCGAUUCACCUCAGUCGAAACUGGCAGGUGAUGUCACUGAUUUUUACAACAUAGGCUCCGACCCUCUCCGCACCGCAUUCAAUACCAAAUAACUACCAGAGCACCGGACGCAUCUCACGGUGCUGUGAGCACACGUGCCGCAGCAGAGCUUUAGCACUGUGCAGUGAUGUCACUUCCUGUUUAUUGAUAGUUAACCCGAGUCCUGCAAAUACUCCACUUUCUGCAUGAGCGCUCCAGAAUCAGUGUGGGUGUUGACCAAAUUAAACCAUGAAUGAUAAACAGAAAGAUUCAUCCGUACGCUCGUCAUGUAUUUAAAAAGUAUUCCAUUCCCAAAAGUGGAUUUGUUUGAAAGCAGAAAAAAAAAAAACAAGUGUAAGCUUAGUUCUGAAGCUAAAAAUGAACUUUCAUAAGAACCUAAUGUAAUAUUUUACUUUAAUGGCAUGAGUAGGUUUUUUUUUGUAAAUACUGGACUACGUCAAAAAAAACUACAGCUAUUAAUCUUUACACUUAAAUAUAAAUAAGCAUAAAUAGAAUGGCUUCCAGCUUCUGCCCCGUCACACUUGUUAGGCUGUGACAUGUCAGACUAGACUUUUUUUACUCACUUUUCACAGAAAAAAGGGAUCAAGGGAAAAUAAUCUAUAUUGCAAAUCAAUACCUUCAUAUACAGAGCUAUAUUGCAAAUAUAUAUAUAUAUAUAUAUAUAUAUAUAUAUAUAUAUAUAGUAUAUAUAUAUAUUAUGAACAGUUUAUGUGAUGCACCUCGCCUGUCUAUUUAUUUAUUUAUUUUCUUCACAAGUGAUCAAUGGAGCUUACUUUGUGUGUAUAUUGGGUGAAUAACAAAACUUCUGUCCCAGCCAGCACCCAAAGGUGCCAGCGCAUACUGCAUGCUGUUGCACUGGCUGCUUGCUGAGAAUCCAGGAGCCUGCCUUGGUGGGAGGAUUGCACCAACCAGCAUACCCUUCUCGUUUACAUUUUCAACAAUGUUUUGCCGCUUUUUUUUUCCCACAUUCUUAAUGCUGGCAUCACGUGUGUGUGAAGUGUUUGAGCAUUAUAAUGUUUGUCACAAACUCACAUCACCUCCAUGGCGAUACGUGUAAAGGCCCAAGGGUUAGUCAGUCGUCUUAGUUGCCUGUGUGUUUGUUUCUGGUGCAAUAUCUCUAAACGGCACGUGCCUUUUAGCUUUCUAGUUAGUCUCGCAGCACAGUCGGCGACGCGGAGCUCCAAAACUACCAGGAGGGAAUCAAAACAGAGCAUGAUAGUUGCAAUGUACCGAGUCCAAAUGAACUUGUAUAUUGUUAACUCGCCAUGUAGUCUGGACUAACUUCAUAUUGUAGAAUCAUAAAAUAUGACAAGUUCUCUCUCCUCUUUCUUGCUUUCUUGCUUUCACUCUUGAUCGUUCUCCCCUAUGUUCUGUUUACGAGCUUUUGAGUUGGUAAAGGCUUGCCUUCUGUUUUGCAGGUUUCUGUCAUUUUCAAAUGUUGGAUCUUCACGAUAUGGACCGUAUUUUUGAUUUAGCAUGACUGGGAUGAUUUGCUGAAAACAGGCUGACUGGGUGGGGGUGGGGGUGGGACAAUUUUUGAAUGUCAUUAUCUCUUGCCACUAAUGCAGCCAGGGAGAGGAACAUGUUGCACAACCACGAGACAAUUCAGUGAGAAUCAGUGAAAGAAUGUCUUCAUUUGAGCACGAAUCUAUUUCCAAACAAUAAAGCAGCCUUCCAGUUAGA